AUGGAUAUUGUAGCUGAUUUACAAACGGAAUUAAUUAAAAAAGCCAUUGGUGAAGAUGCAACACAAGAUGAAAUCCAGUAUGGCUUACAUAUAUUCCGGAGUGCUCAUCAAUUAUAUGGAUGUGAUCCUGAAUUUCAUAAUUUAUCCCUUUAUGUUCAACAUAAUCGUGCAAAACAAGGAAAUCUUAAAGUCGGUGAUCAAGCUGUUGAUGUUCGAUUAUUGAAUAUAAAUGGUGAAUUUGUUUCAUUAUUAUCUCAUUGUCAUCCUAAUCGGCCAUUAUUAAUUCUUGCUGAUUCAUACACAUGA